AUGGCGGCCGAGGCGGACGGCCCGCUCAAACGAGUGCUGGUGCCGCUUCUCUUACCUGAGAAAUGCUACGACCAAAUUUUCGUCCAGUGGGACUUGCUUCACGUUCCCUGUCUCAAGAUUCUCCUCAGCAAAGGCCUGGGUCUGGGCAUUGUGGCUGGGUCUGUGCUGGUAAAACUGCCCCAGGUGUUCAAAAUUCUGAGAGCCAAGAGUGCCGAAGGGUUGAGCCUUCAGUCCGUGAUGUUAGAACUGGUGGCGUUGACAGGCACCAUGGUCUACAGCAUCACCAACAACUUCCCCUUCAGCUCUUGGGGCGAAGCCCUGUUCCUGACGCUCCAGACAGUCACCAUCUGCUUCCUGGUCCUGCACUACAGAGGACAGACUGCGAAAGGUGUCACUUUCCUAGUGUGCUAUGCACUGGUCCUGCUGGUCCUGCUGUCACCACUAACGCCCCUGUCCGUGGUCACCCUGCUCCAGGCCUCCAACGUGCCUGCUGUAGUAGGGGGGAGGCUGCUCCAGGCAGCCACUAACUACCGGAACGGGCACACAGGCCAGCUCUCCGCUGUCACGGUCUUUCUGCUCUUUGGGGGCUCCUUGGCCAGAAUCUUCACCUCCGUUCAGGAGACCGGAGACCCCCUCAUGGCUGGAACCUUCGUGGUCUCUUCCCUCUGCAACGGCCUCAUUGCUUCCCAGCUCAUCUAUUACUGGAACGUCAAGGCCCCCAUCCAGAAGAAAAAGCAGUAGGGAUGAGCCGGCUACUGGAGUCCGCUCCACGUUUCCACCCACCCACCCACCCUCAGGGUCAUUCUCAUCCGAACCAGUCCGCUGGUGUGACUUCUGAUCAUUCAUUCCACUGCAACUGUAAAAUUCUGAGCCAGAGUUUUAGUGGGACUGCAGAUCCUUAGAAGGGGUAGGGGUUUCCAGGCUGACGUCUGGCAGUUACUGCCCGCUGUCCCGUGCGUGUACUA